AUGAUAUCUCACUGGUUGAUUAAUUUGUGUAGUAGUGAUGCCUCUUUGAAUGCAGAAUAUAGUCGUCCUCCUCCAGGAAAUGCAUCCAAUUCAGAGAGAAUCCAAAAUGAUUUCCCGUCUUGUGAGGUUGUAAUGAGAGCUGAUGAUAUUCUCAACAACACUUCCAUCAUUCCUCAAUGGUGGCACACAGCAUUAACUGAAAAGGGGCAACAAUUUGAGACUGUAAACGAAUUGAGACUUGCUUUGCAGUACUAUUCCAUGGCGAAAAAAUUUGACUAUGAAUUUGUAAAGAAUGAACCCAAACGUAUCCGAGUAUGUUGUCGAUAUAAGGAGACAUAUGGAUGCCCUUGGAUGCUCUUUGCAUCUCCUGUUAAGUAUGGUAAAAGAAUUGAAAUCAAAAGGUUUGUGAAUGAACACAGUUGUGGACAACAUGCUAACUUGUCAGGGCAAUCACGGGCAUCUCGUAAAUUCAUAGCAGCCCAAUUGCGACCGGUAUUAAAGGCGCGACCUGAAAUCCGACCAAUUGAUGUGAAAAAGGAGUUCCUCACUCGAUAUAGAUUGAGACUUGAAUACAGUAAGAUAUGGUGGGGCAAAGAAAGAGCGCAGGAGGAUAUGUAUGGUGAUAGUUAUGAGGCUUAUGAUCAAUUAAGAUGGUAUGAGCAAAAGGUGAAGGAAACGAAUCCAGGAAGCUACAUAUGCAUUGACCAGAAUGAAGGAAGGUUCAAAAGACUGUUUAUAUGUUAUGCCGCUUGCAUCGUUGGUUUCUUAAAUGGGUGUAGACCCCUAUUAUUUUUGGAUGGGACCUUUUUGAAAGACAGAUACAAAGGCAUGCUCCUGAGCGCCAUAGCAUACGACGGAGACCAAGGGAUAUUUCCGGUUGCGUAUUGUAUAUGUGAUCAGGAAAAUGUUGAUAAUUGGAGAUGGUUCCUUCAAGGCUUGUGGUCCAUACUGUAUGAAAGGUUAGACCCGUACAAUCCUCCCCACCAAUUGGUAAUUAUUUCUGAUGCCGACAAGGGGAUUCGAGAAGCCGUGAGAGAAUAUUUCCCUGAAGCAAUCCACUCACGAUGCGUGCUGCACCUAGUUGAAAAUUUUAGAACAAAGCUAAAGGAUUUGGGAUUGAAAGCAAAGGACACACAAGUUUUGGGGAGUUUGCUCCAAUCUGCUUGCUAUAAAUACACUAUAGCGGAAUGGAACGACUACAUGAAGGAAAUUUAUGAGAUGGCUCCAGUCGCAUAUGAGAUUGUACUCUGUUAUUCGCCAGAGAAUUGGGCGAAUGCAUUCUUCCCUGGUAUCAGGUAAUGCAUUCAUCUUAGAUUAUGACGUUUUGCAGUUGAUGUUAACUAUUCUACAUAUAUGUGAAUUUUUCUUUCUAUAGGUUAACUUUGUCUGAUAUAUGUUAACUUUCAGCAAUAUAUGUUAACACUGAUGUUUUUAUGUUAACUUUGAGCAGUAAAGGUUAAGUUUUGUUGUUACGUGUUAAUUUUAUUACAUAUUGGAUGCCCAUCAUACUAUUAAUUAUUUUGUGCUUUGCAGAUAUGGUCAUGUAACCUCUAAUGUUGCAGAAUCCUUUAACAGCUGGAUACGUGAAGCUCGAUUGUUACGUAUCCUGCAAAUGGUAGAGCAUAUCCGAAAACAAAUUAUGAGUCGCCUGAACAAUAGACGGAUUAUGGUUGAUAAGUGGACAAGCUAUCUGUGCCCUAAAGCUGAGCAGAUUGUUAGAGAAAAUAUGGA